GCGCCCUCCCGGAUCCCGGCUCCGGGAGAAGAGGCUGCGCGCUGCUGUUUGGGGAGGGGGUGUGUGGAACCGGUCCCGCGUCCGCAGUGGCUGCUGUCUGGGGGGUCGCCGGGUCGCCGAGGUGCCGAGACACUACUGGGGGGCCGAGCAGAUAACGGGGUCCGGGCGUCUGGUGUGUGAACACCCCAGGGUUUGUGGAUGCACUUAGAUGUUUGCAAUGAGCACUGUGGCUGGCAUGCCCCAGUGUUUUGGAUACCAAUGCAUAGGACUCCAUAGUAAUCGAAUUUACCAGAGGCGAACGUCAUGAGCAUAGUGAUCCCAUUGGGGGUUGAUACAGCAGAAGCAUCACACUUGGAAAUGGCUGCAGGCUCAGAACCAGAAUCUGUAGAAGCUAGCCCUGUGGUAGUUGAGAAAUCCAACAGUUAUCCCCACCAGUUAUAUACCAGCAGCUCACAUCAUUCACACAGUUACAUUGGUUUGCCCUAUGCGGACCAUAAUUAUGGUGCUCGUCCUCCUCCAACACCUCCAGCUUCCCCUCCUCCAUCAGUUCUUAUUAGCAGAAAUGAAGUAGGCAUAUUUACCACUCCUAAUUUUGAUGAAACUUCCAGUGCUACUACUAUCAGCACGUCUGAGGAUGGAAGUUACGGUACUGAUGUAACCAGGUGCAUAUGUGGUUUUACACAUGAUGAUGGAUACAUGAUCUGUUGUGACAAAUGCAGUGUUUGGCAACAUAUUGACUGCAUGGGGAUCGACAGGCAGCAUAUUCCUGAUACAUAUCUAUGUGAACGUUGUCAGCCUAGGAGUCUGGAUAAAGAGAGGGCAGUGCUACUACAACGCCGGAAAAGGGAAAAUAUGUCAGAUGGUGAUACCAGUGCAACAGAGAGUGGUGAUGAAGUCCCCGUGGAGCUGUACACUGCAUUCCAGCACACACCCACCUCAGUUACUCUAACUACAUCCAGAGCUUCCACAGGCAAUGAUAAAAGGAGGAAAAAAAGUGGGGAGAAGGAGCAAAACAUCUCAAAAUGUAAAAAGGCCUUCCGUGAAGGAUCUAGAAAGUCAUCAAGAGUUAAGGGUUCAGCUCCAGAAAUUGAUCCUUCAUCUGAUGGUUCAAAUUUCGGAUGGGAAACAAAAAUCAAAGCAUGGAUGGAUCGGUAUGAAGAGGCAAAUAAUAAUCAGUACAGCGAGGGUAUUCAGAGGGAGGCACAAAGAAUAGCUCUGAGAUUAGGCAGUGGAACUGACAAAAAAGACCUGAGUAAAACAGAAUUGAACAUCAGUAAUUUACUCUUCAAACCUCCUGUAGAGAGCCAUAUACAAAAGAAUAAGAAAAUUCUGAAAUCUGCCAAAGAUUUGCCUGCAGAUGCACUUAUCAUUGAAUAUAGAGGGAAGUUUAUGCUAAGAGAACAGUUUGAAGCAAAUGGGUAUUUCUUUAAAAGACCAUAUCCUUUUGUUUUAUUCUAUUCUAAAUUUCAUGGGCUAGAAAUGUGUGUUGAUGCAAGGACUUUUGGGAAUGAGGCUCGAUUCAUCAGGCGUUCUUGUACUCCCAAUGCAGAGGUGAGGCAUGAAAUUGAAGAAGGAACCAUACAUCUUUAUAUUUAUUCUAUCCAGAGUAUUCCAAAGGGUACUGAAAUUACUAUUGCCUUUGAUUUUGACUAUGGGAAUUGCAAGUAUAAGGUGGACUGUGCAUGCCUCAAGGAAAACCCAGAGUGCCCUGUUCUGAAACGUAGUUCUGAAUCCACGGAAAACAUCAACAGUGGUUAUGAGACCAGAAGGAAAAAAGGAAGAAAAGACAAGGAUAUUUCAAAGGAAAAAGAUAUACAAAAUCAGAAUAUGACUUUGGAUUCUGAAGGAACAACCAACAAAAUAAAGAGCUCAGAAACAAAACAGAGAAAGCUUUCUCCCCUGAGAUUAUCAGUGUCAAAUAAUCAGGAACCAGAUUUUAUUGAUGAAAUAGAAGAAAAAACUCCUAUUAGCAAUGAAGUAGAAAUGGAGUCAGAGGAGCAGAUUGCAGAAAGGAAAAGGAAGAUGACCAGAGAAGAAAGGAAAAUGGAAGCAAUUUUGCAAGCUUUUGCCAGACUUGAAAAAAGAGAGAAGAGAAGAGAACAAGCCUUGGAAAGGAUCAGCACCGCCAAAACAGAAGUCAAAGCUGAAUGUAAAGACACUCAGGUCACCAGUGAUGCUGAGGUUAAUCAGGAACAAGCAAAAGAAGAAACUGCUAACAAGCCAGCCCCUGCCAAAGUAAAUAGAACUAAACAGAGAAAAAGCUUUUCUCGCAGUAGGACUCACAUCGGACAGCAGCGGCGGAGACACAGAACCGUCAGCAUGUGCUCCGACAUCCAGCCGUCCUCUCCCGACAUCGAGGUCACAUCACAGCAAAACGAUGUUGAAAACACUGUGCUCGUAAUAGAACCAGAGACUGAAACUGCAGUAGCAGAAAUAAUCACUGAAACUGAAGUCCCAGCACUCACUAAAUGUUCUACGAAGUACCCCAAAACAAAGAAGCACUUGGUCAGUGAAUGGUUAAGUGAGAAGAAUGAGAAGACAGGAAAACUCUCAGACACUCUUUCCGAAAAGCCUCUGCGGAUAACUACAGAUCCGGAAGUGUUAGCCACACAGCUCAAUUCUCUACCAGGCCUCACAUACAGCCCUCACGUGUACUCUACCCCCAAGCAUUACAUUAGGUUUACUUCACCAUUCCUUUCUGAAAAAAGGAGGAGGAAAGAACCUACUGACAACGCUUCUGGCUCAUGCAAAAAGCGAUGGUUAAAACAGGCUCUGGAAGAAGAAAACUCAACAGUUUUACAUAGAUUCAGCUCACCCUGUCAAGAAAGAUCCAGAAGUCCUACAGUCAAUGGUGAAAAUAAAAGCCCAUUCCUAUUAAAUGAUAGCUGUUCCCUUCCAGAUUUAACAACACCACUAAAAAAACGAAGACUUUAUCAAUUGCUAGAUUCUGUUUACUCAGAAACCUCCACACCUACUCCUUCACCGUAUGCCACACCAACUCAUGCAGACAUUACUCCUACGGACCCAUCAUUUGCCACUCCUCCACGGGUAAAGUCAGAUGAUGAAACCUGUAGAAACGGUUAUAAACCCAUAUAUUCACCAGUCACCCCGGUAACCCCAGGCACACCAGGAAACACCAUGCACUUUGAGAAUAUUUCUUCCCCAGAAAGUUCUCCAGAAAUAAAGAGACGCACUUACAGUCAAGAGGGAUAUGACAGAUCUUCAACCCUGUUAGCACUGGGGCCUUUCAGAAAUUCCGGUCUAACUGAGCUGGGGCUGCAAGAAAUAAAGACUAUUGGCUACGCCAGCCCGAGGAGCAGGGAGAAGGAGCCCGCCGCGGACCUGCACCUGGGGCUGGACGCAGGGGAGCCGGCCGCCCUGCUCAAGGCCGCCGAGGCGCCCGAGCCCGCCGGCCCGCUGGACGCCAGCCAGCCAGGCCGGGCCGCGCCCUACGCGCCCUGGGUGAAGAGCCCCGACGGGAGCGGGCUGGGCUUCCCGGUGAACUCCAACCUGCGGGACCUGACGCCCUCGCACCAGCUGGAGGUCGGCGGCGGCUUCCGCGUGAGCGAGACCAAGUGCCUGCUGCAGGAGGACGCCAGAGCCGUGUUCAUGGACACAGCCGUGUUCUGUCCCUCGGAGGACGGGCUCGUCUCGGCCUUCGGACGGACCGUGCACGACGCUCUGAUGGACGGGAACUGCACACCUCAGAACCCGCCGCAGAAGAAAAAGGUUUCCCUUCUAGAGUACCGCAAGAGACAGCGGGAGGCCAGGAGGAGCGGCUCCAGGCCCGACAGCUGCUCGCUGCUCGGAGCGCUGCCGGGCGCGGGCGCGGGCACGGGCGCGGGCCUGGGCGGCGAAGGCUGCGCGCAGGGCCAGGGCGGCGGGGAGCAGGCGGAGCAGGGCGCCGGGCCCCCGCCCCCCGCCGCGUCCAGCGCUGCCGAGGAGACGGGCAGCGACUGCCCGGCCAAGGACGCCGCUGCCGGCGACAAGCCCGAACCGGAAGUGCAGUGGACGGCCUCGACCUCGGUGGAACAGGUGAGAGAGCGGAGCUACCAGAGGGCGUUGCUGCUCAGCGACCACAGGAAGGACAAGGACAGCGGGGGAGAGUCACCAUGUGUCUCAUGUUCACCGAGCCAUGUUCAGUCUUCACCUUCAUCUCAUUCAAAUCACAUUCCCCAGUUGCCAGCUAAGGGCUUCGGCCCGCGCAGUGAGCUCGCGGAAGACCCCGACCCCGAAAACCCCGAACCCACGGCCACCAGUGAAUGUCCGUCCCCAGACACGGCUCAAAACACUUGCAAAAGCCCUUCGAAAGUGAACAAGCCUGGCUCCCCGGGACCCGGAACCCCAGCGCCGCCGCCGCCGCCGCCGCCACAGCAGCAGCAGCAGCACGGGAAGCCGCUCUCCAAGCCCGAGCCCCCCUGGGAGGCGGCGGAGCCCGAGCUGGGCGCCCCGCUGCGGCCCGAGCCGCCCAAGCCAGCGGCGGGCAGCGCCCCGGGCCCGGGCAAGAGCCAGCGGCCGCCCUGCCCGCCGUCCCCGCCCGCGCCGCUCGGCUACCCGCCCCCGUCCCCCAAGCCGCCCGCGCCGCUCGGCUCCCCGUUCCGGCCGCACCACACCCAGCUGCCCCCGGUCGGGGCCCCGCCGCCCCGGGAGCCGCCCCGGAGCUUCUACCCCGCGGGCCAGAGCCUGCCCGGCGCGCAGCCCCAGCCGCAGCCGCAGCCGCAGCCACAGCCGCAGCCGGCCGCGGGCGCCCUCUUCCCGCCGCCGCCCGCCGUGCAGCCGCAGCCGCAGCCGCAGCCCCAGUCGCCCGCGCCCUACGCCGCCUUCAGCCAGCCCGGCCUGGGCCCCGCCGCGCCGCCGCCCCCACCCCCGCCCCCGCCGCCGCCCGCCACCUCGUCCUACUUCCCGAGCCCGCAGCCCGCCGCCGCCUUCCCCAACUACGCGCCGCCCAAAGGCGGCCUCGCCCAGCAAGGCGCCUUCCCCGCCGGGCCCGGGCCCGCGCUGCCCGCCGCCGCCGCCCCCCACUUCCUGGCGGCCGCCGCCGCCCCGCCGCCCCCUCCGCCCCCGCCGCCCGCGCCCGCGCCGCACCUCGCACCGCAGCCCGGCUCGCACCAGCAGCACCCGGUGGCCCACGUGGUGGGCCCGGUCCACGCCGUCACGCCCGCGCCGCACCUGCACGCACAGCCCGCGGGCCACCACCUGCCGCCGCCCCCGCCGCCGCCGGGCCCCGCGCCGCACCACCACCCGCCGCCCCACCCCGCGCCCGGCCUGCAAGCGCUGCCCGCGCCCCCGCCGCCGCCGCCGCCGCCGCCGCCGCCGCCGCCGCCGCCCGCCCUGCACCACCCGCCACACCAGCACCAGGGCGCCCCGCUCUUCCCUGCAACCGCACCGCCCUACCCCGCGCCCGCCUCGCACCACGCCGCUCUGGGCCCCGGACCCCAACACCAGCCGUCCGCGUCAGGGCCACACUGUCCACUGCCCGUCGCGGGUCCUCAUCUCCAGCCCCAAGGACCAAACAGUAUUCCAACGCCCACCGCUGCCGGGUUCUGUCCGCACCCCGGCUCCGUGGCCCUGCCACACGGGGUGCAGGGACCUCAGCAGGCGUCGCCGGUGCCGGGGCAGAUUCCCAUGCACAGAGCACAGGUGCCACCGACAUUUCAGAACAGUUACCAUGGCUCGGGGUGGCAUUAGAACGGACUCGUUUCAGAAACAUUUUUUAAAAUGUUGUGUAUAAACUGUAUAUUUCAUAUGUACCUAUCAAGGUACUUUUUAAAGCUUGUACAUGAAACUUUGUAUAAAAAACCAGUGCUCUUUCAUUGUAUUUUCCCCACUUUUGCUUUUUAAAAUUUCUUUUAAAAUGUGCUAUUAAACCAGUAUUAGGUAUCUUUAUUUUGUAAGUGAACAUUCCAGCUGUUCUUUUGGCAGUAGAUUUGAUGCUACAUGAUCUUUAAAUUUUAUUGUUGCACUUAAUUCAUUUAGUGGAUGUCUAUUAUUUUAUACAUAUGCAUUAAGUACACAGCUACGUAAUGGCACUAUGAGGAUUUUCUUUCCGGCGGUUCAGCAGUUCUGUGAGAGUGCAUCUUAGGUAUAAAAAUGCAAUACAGAUUUUUUUAUAGUUUGGUGUGGAUAUGGCUCAUUUUGUCCUAUCAGUUAUUUCCGAGCAAAGUGUAAUUUACUGUAUAGAUAAUUUCUAAUGUCCCUGACAAACUGUAAAUACUACAUUUCUUUUGCGUAUAUAAUUGCUUACUGCUUUUUUUUUUUCAUUUGAUACAUAGCAUUGUACAUAUGACAGGUCUUUUGCAAAACUGUGUGAUCUUUGUGAAAGUAGUACAGUAUAUGAUCUUUAAUUUCUUUUUUAUUUUAAAUAUACUGUCACAUUGAAGCACUGGUUGGGCAUUUUAAUUCAUGUUAAUAAAUCACAAUUAUGUCAGUUUUACCAAA